GGACACCAUUCAGUCCGGAAGUCAGCUCUCAGUCCGGAUCUUCGUGGGCCUGAAGGUUUGUGGUGAGAGCGUUUGGUGGGGUCAGGCCUCUGGUCGCUAGAUUUCUGCCUCGGUCGCGCUUUAUUUCCCGCCUGGCUAUGGCGACCUACACCUGCAACACCUGCCGGGCGGUGUUGGAAGACGCGGAGGCGCAGCGGGCCCACUACAAGACAGACUGGCACCGCUACAAUCUGAGGCGCAAAGUAGCCGGCAUGGCCCCGGUCAGCGCCGAGGGCUUCCAGGAGCGGGUGCGGGCACAGCGGGCCCUGGCGGAGCCGGAGAGCAAGGGCGCGGCCACCUAUUGCACCGUCUGCAGUAAGAAGUUUGCCUCCUUCAAGGCCUACGAAAACCACCUCAGGUCCCGGCGGCACGUGGAGCUCGAGAAGCAGGCGGUGAGUCGGAAAGUGGCGCUCAUGAACGAGAAGAACUUGGAGAAAGGGCUGGGCGUGGACAGUGUGGACAAGGAUGCGGUGAACGUGGCCAUCCAGCAGGUCAUCAAGGCUCAGCCGUCCACGUCUCCCAAGAAGGCGGCGCCAGCCCCCGAGGCGGAGCCCGGGUGUCCCGUGGCCGCCGGAGGACGUGGGACUCAGCCGCGAGACCCGGGCGAGAAACCUCCCCGGCUGCAGUGGUUUGAACGGCAGGCGAAGAAGUUGGCGAAACAGCAGGGGGAGGAAGAGAGUGAGGAAGACCUGGAUGGGGACGAUUGGGAGGAUAUUGAUUCUGAUGAGGACUUGGAAUGUGAGGAUGCUGAAGCCACGGAGGAAGAGGAGGAAGAGCAGGAUGCAGAGGAGGAAGAGGCAGGAGGAAGCACCCCCCUUGGUGCCAUUCCCAUAACGGACUGCUUGUUUUGUCCACAUCACUCAAGCUCCCUCACGAAGAAUGUGGCUCAUAUGACCAAAGUCCACAGCUUCUUUAUUCCUGAUGUAGAAUAUCUUUCAGAUCUUAAGGGACUGAUUAAAUAUUUGGGAGAGAAAGUUGGUGUUGGGAAGAUUUGCUUGUGGUGCAACGAGAGAGGGAAGUCCUUCUACUCCACAGAGGCGGUACAGGCGCACAUGAAUGACCGGAGUCACUGUAAGCUCUUCACAGAUGGGGACGCUCUGUUGGAAUUUGCGGACUUCUAUGAUUUUAGGAGUAGCUACCCAGAUCACAAAGAAGGUGAGGAACAUGAUAAGACUGAAGAGCUGCCCUCAGAAAAGACCCUGGAUUAUGACGAUGAAACCAUGGAGCUGAUUCUCCCUUCCGGAUCCUGUUACCUGUAUUAGUAGGGACGGCCAUGUGAAUUUCUAUGGAGGCGUAUUGUAAGUAUGGAUGCUGCAUUUUUCACCUGAUAGUGACUUGCCAUUAUCUCUGUUUUUUAAUGUCUCUGCUGUUUUUUUUUCCUCCUUUAGCCGUAGACUUAAUUGGUUGAAUAUUUGCCAUUAUUAUUCUAUACACAAAUUUUAAUUUCUUACAAAACUCUAUAUUCCAUCUUGCUAGGUCACUUCACUCUGUGUUUUGUGCCACAUUUCCAGCAAGAAGUAUUUCCCCAAAUCACAAUCUGCCUGGUUGUAUGUUGUUGUUGCUUAGCUGUUAAGUUGUGUGCGACUCUGCAAUGCCAUGGACUGUUCUGUCCAUGAGACUUCCCAGGCAAGAAUACUGGAGUGGGUUGCCAUUUCCUCCUCCAGGGUCUUUUUUUUUUUUUUUUUUUUAAUAAAUAUUUAUU